CAAAUUUUGGCUGUAUUGAGAAAACAGAGAAAAACUGUGAGAAGAGGGAAGCCAUUGGGAAAGCGUCUUCUCUUUCUUCUCUCGCUUCUCUCACUUUUCCGCCAUUUUCAUUCUGUUUCUGUUCUUACCUAACAGAAGAGAGCUCCGCUUCUACUCACUUCCUUCAUCUCUGACUGUAAGCCCUUCUAUUCACUCCACUUCCCUCUUUCUCUCUCUCUCUCUAUAUAUAUAUAAUAUAUAUUCUCAAUUUUAAUUUUGACCCAUUCUGUCUUUUCUUUUCUUGAAUUUCAUCCCAAACCCCUGAAUCCAACCUCCCCUUUCGUCUUUGUAAUGUGGGUCCUAUAAUUUGAUCGAUUUCCGUCAUGAUUCUCAUCAUUUCACCUCUUGCGGACUCUGUGUUUUGGGUUAGGGUUUUUGACGUCUCGAUGUAAUGUUAGGGUUUUCGCUACGCUUGACUCCAUUUGCUGGAAUUUUGAGAUUUGGGUUCUGCUGCUCCUGCUCUAUUUCUUCGAAGAAGCUGGAACUUUUUUACUGCUAGGUAUUUUUCUUCUUCCUGUUGUUUUGUCUAUUGGAUCAAAAGUUUGAGAUACGCUUGAUUGUUCGGGAGGGGCGUUUUUGAGGUUUUUCUAGCUGGACUUGAGGAGGCAAUGCUAGAGUAGACGUUCUACAUUUUGUUGGUUUGUAACUGUUCUGGCUAGAGUAAUUGGUUAGAUAGUGAUGUCUAUGAACAAUAAUAACCCGCCGAAGACCCUUGGAGGGGCUUCUUCGUCGCCUUUUGGAAAUUCUGGGAUGGUUCCACCAUCUAUGGCAGCAAAUUCCACAUCAUUUUCUCAGCCGCAACCUCAAGCUCAAUUAGGAGCUGGGUUUCAAAAUCCAUUUCCGCUGACCACUGCUCAGGUUCUUGCCCAAGCUCAAUACAAGGCUCACGCUCAUGCCCAAGCUCAAGCACAAGCAGCUCACGCCCAGUUUCAAGCUCAGUUACAAGCUCAAGGGCUGUCCUUAACUCAGAGCCAAAAUGUUGGUGGUGGGAACGUGGGUUCGCCUUCCCCAGGAUUUUCCACACCUGGCCUUGCAGGUGUGAAGCGAAUUCCUCAAAAGCCGCCAGUUCGCCCUCCUAUUCUUUCUCCUGGUACCACGUUUUCACCAUUGAAAACAAUGGAACUCACACCUGCUGCUCGUAAAAAGAAGCAGAAGCUGCCUGAGAAGCAGCUUCAAGAUAAAGUUGCUGCAAUCUUGCCUGAAUCUGCUCUCUACACUCAGCUGCUUGAGUUUGAGUCUCGUGUUGAUGCUGCUCUCGCAAGAAAGAAAGUUGACAUCCAUGAGGCGCUUAAAAACCCACCUUGCAUUCAGAAAACUCUUCGAAUUUAUGUCUUCAACACAUUUGCAAAUCAAGUUAACACAAUACCCAAAAAGCCAAAUGCUGAUCCUCCUACCUGGACUCUUAAGAUAAUAGGCAGGAUCUUGGAAGAUGGGAUAGAUCCUGAUCAUCCUGGGGUCGUACAAAGAUCAAACCCUUUAUACCCAAAAUUUUCAUCUUUCUUCAAGAGAGUAACCAUUUCCUUGGACCAGAGGCUAUAUCCAGAUAGUCACAUCAUAGUAUGGGAGAAUGCUCGAUCACCUGCACCUCAUGAGGGCUUCGAGGUGAAGAGAAAAGGGGACAAAGAAUUUUCAGUUAACAUUCGAUUAGAAAUGAAUUAUAUUCCAGAGAAAUUCAAGUUGUCGCCUGCUUUGAUGGAAGUUCUUGGUAUCGAAGUUGAUACUCGCCCAAGAAUAAUAGCAGCAAUCUGGCAUUAUGUAAAGGCUAGGAAACUUCAGAACCCCAAUGAUCCUUCUUUCUUUCAUUGUGAUCCACCUCUCCAGAAGGUAUUUGGGGAAGACAAAUUGAAAUUCACUAUGGUAUCGCAGAGAAUAUCACAACACUUGUUUCCUCCACAGCCUAUACAUCUGGAGCAUAAGGUUAAGCUUUCAGGAAAUAGUCCAGCAGGUACAGCAUGCUACGAUGUGUUGGUCGAUGUGCCUUUCCCAAUUCACCGGGAAUUGUCUGCUCUAUUAGCCAAUGCAGAGAAGAACAAGGAGAUUGAUGCAUGUGAUGAAGCAAUUUGUACAGCUAUAAGGAAAAUUCACGAGCAUCGACGGAGACGUGCAUUUUUCCUUGGGUUCAGUCAGUCACCAGUGGAGUUUAUUGAUGCCUUGAUUGAAUCUCAAAGCAAGGAUCUAAAACUUCUUGCAGGAGAAGCUAGUCGAAAUGCUGAAAAGGAGCGACGAUCAGAUUUCUUCAAUCAACCAUGGGUUGAAGAUGCUGUGAUUCGGUACAUAAAUCGAAAACCAGCCACAGGUAGUGAUGCACCUGGAAGUACAUGACUGGGAUCUUAUUGAGUUGCUAUGGAUUGCCAAUUUUUGAUGGGAGCUUCAUUGGAUUAGCGUGCUAAGAUACAUGUAUGACACCCUUUAGUUUAGUAGCAAACACCUGAUCGUUUCAAUGCCAUGCCAAUGAUUCAUUAGUGCACAUGGUAUGUGAAUUCCACAAAACAUUGCUCUUUAGUCCAAGCCAAGCCAUAACAAUUAGCUGGUGAUGCCAAUGCUUCAUGAACAACAUAUGGUUUCUUCAUAGUCGUUUUCUUAGUGCAUCCUUUAUUGUAGUAUGGAAUAUUUCUUGUAGUAGAAUCUGCAACCAUAUAAAGUUGAGAUUUUUUUUCCUGGUAAAGCUUUGUGAAGAUGAAGGUUCAUGAUGAUUUGUUAAUUCCACUUGGAACUUUUUCAAUCAUUCCUUGAACAUGUAGUUCGUUAAUUGUUAUCUUUUACAAAUAUCACGUUUCUUGAUAUUUGAAGGUGCAAUAGAGGUAAUUGAGCUCAUCGAUUUA